UACACAGAGCAGCUCAUUCCGGCUGGGUGAUACAUUUAGCUGCUACAGUAAGGUGUUGGAAAAUGCCCAGCUGCAUCGUGAAGGGUUGCCCAAAUUACUCUGGACGGAAAAACAGUGUUCCUGGAGUCAUCCUUCAUGUUUUUCCUAAAAAUCUCUGUUUAAUCAAGCAAUGGCUCAUACAAACUGGUCAGGAUUUUGGAGAUUUCGACUUGUUUGCAAAGGGAGUCUUGGAGGGAACGAUAGGUGCGUUUCGCAUCUGCUCUGCGCAUUUCGCUCCUGACUGCUACCAUAUUGUUGGAUCUCAAAAACAGCUUAUGAUGAACGCUAUCCCAACAAUUUUCCCAAAUAGAAAUUUGUCUGUUCGAUUACAGGGUGCCAUUCCACCAAUAUACGGAAAUCAUCCAUUUAAUACGUGGACAAUCCAACCUUUUGGGCACCAGAAUUUCAAUGUUUCUGAGUUAUCCAUCAUCCAGCCUACGACUGCCCUGCUUUUAAUUCAAACAAAUGAUGUUUGUCCACGUAAAGAUCUGCGUCAGGCAGUUGGUAAUUUGGUUACUACUUCAGAUCCAGAUAUGAGUGGGAAAAACGCAACUAAACGCUCAGAUCCUCCUCCUUCUGAGAAAAAAAAUGCCAGCACAUCUACAUUUUCUGUAAUUUCUGAAGGAAAAAUGGUGGAUAGAGCAAUACAAUGGCCAGAAUAUGAGCAAAAGGUGGAUGGGGAACCGUGGAAGAUUAUUCACGACCAUUACUAUGAGAAUUCGGCAAUGAGAUAUUCCUACCCUGCCAGUUUGUUACAUUACUUAAUAGCAAAAGCCAAAAUUGACAGGUUUGAUGAGGAAUAUUCAGAAGAUGAUCUGGUCUCGGUUUUUAAGUAUCUGACUAAUGUGGUGGUGAUGGAAAAGGCCAAAAAGAUGAGGACAUCACGGAUUUUGAAUCAGACUCUGGAAAUCCUCGCCCAGCUCACUGGAGAGGAAUGGAUCGUUGUAAAGAAAAAUUCUAUUCAUAGGAGCAUUCACGAGCUAACUGGAGAGGUACCUUUGAAGCAUGAGGAUGUUGCCGUUUUCUUUACAAUGGAAGAGUGGCAGUACAUACAGCAACACAAAGAUGCUUACAGUGACAUGGUCACCAUCCCUCCCCCUCCAAUCAGUCAACGUGAAAUACGCGAUAACUGCAGCACAGAUGUCACGGCACUACGAAGCCACCUACAGGGCCUGACAGGUCGCAUCAGCACGUUGGAGGGAUCCACACAAACAAAUGCCCAGAACAUUACCACGCUACAGCAGGCGGUGCACGACCUACACGCACAGGCCCAGCAGCACGAACGUCACCUCGCAGCCCAAGAGGACUCUAGGCGGAGACACAAUCUGAAAAUGAGAGGGCUUUCAGAGGCAGUGCCGGAGCAGGAGCUGCCACACGUGUUUAGGCUUGUUGCCUACCUAUGCUACACACGUCUCUUCAAUGCAAUAACUGCUGAGUCUGUGGAUUGGGAUGCUUUGGAAGAACUCCGCUCCUCCGAUGGUACCAAGUAUGAUGAUAACGAGUCCAAAGUAUCUCUGUGGACUCCCGAUGAGGACUCUGAAAUCGAAAUAGCUAGUCUUUCCAAAACAUAUCAGAAAAAAAAUUGUGCAUCUUCGACUGCUUCUUCACUAAAAGAAAAUGACUCACUCAAAGAUAAAGAUGAGAGUUUACUGAGCAGCAGUAAAGGUGAAGCUUCAACUAUAAGUUUUGAUCGACUUAAUAAACAUCAGCAGGAACAUUCUAAUGGGAUGCCUCUGGAAUGUGUAGAGUGCAGAACGUGUUUUAUUUCUAUGUCAAAAUUUCUCAAACAUCAGAGGACACACAAUGACCAAAAGCGUUAUACCUGCGACAUAUGUGGGAUACAGAACGAAUAA